AUGCCCAGGAACAAGAAAUCCACAGCCGCUACAGCUGGCACCGGCGCAGACCCCGCCGCGCAAGAGCCUGCCGUUGCCGCCCCCCCCGCUGAGGCAGGCCCUGCGGCCCCGUCAGUCCCAACGACAGACCCCUCCUCAGCUUUCGGAAAGCAAGAGUCGAGUGGGCGGAUCAGGGGUCCUGUAGAGGAAGUGAUCGCCAAGCGAGUGAGGACGCUCGGCAAGAAGAUUCAACGAUUCCGCGCGUAUGCCGCCCAGCCCGCGGACAAGCUGAACGCCGACCAGCGCGCCGCGAUCGCCAGUCUCCCCGUCCUCGAGGCGCAAUCUAGGGAGCUGGAGGACCUCAUCAAGUCUGGCGGACCCGUCGAGGUCGCUGAGCUUGGAGAGGCCGCGAAAAUGCGGGGACUGAAGGAGGACGCGGAGAAGGAGUCCAAGGUCGCCGCGGAGGGGUCUUCCGCUGCGUCUCUUACCUCCCUUGCGGAACCCCUGUCCCGCUUCCUCAAGCUCCACGCCCUCCUCCAUCCCGCCCGAUCGGCAGACCACGAGCACCUCACCUUCUCGCCCCUGUCGCUCCCGAGUCAACUGCAGGACGAGGUCCAGGCGACAGAUAUUCUUCGCGUGGGCAAGAUGUACGAGGAGCUGCUUGGCGGUGGCGAGGCCGCGGCGGGGGUACUGCGGGGGCUCGUGAAGGGGUCUACGGGGGAUGAUGAGGAAAAUGAUCACAUCCAUAAGCUGCUUGAGCUUGUUUCGCAAUCCUCGGUCGAUGAGGCUGUCGAGCCCGCCGCGGACGCGGACGCCGAGGUCGAAGCCGCCCCUCAGACCACAAAUGGGCAGGACAGAACUCCGGUCGGCGCUUCCAUGGCGCAAGACGAGUCAAAAUCUAUCGCUAAAGGAAAUGGAAGCGGACACGAAGAGGAAGACUCCGCGCCCGUACACCCGUCCAAGCAGUCCGGGGGCGGGCUGGUUUUCUUGCAGGAUGAUGAGUUGGAUUCUGGGCGGACUGAGCGGGAGACCGAGGUCGGCCAGGAGGAUGGGCAGGGUCAAGCACAAGCAGAAGGCGACGGGGAAGGGGAUGGGUUUGAGAUGGUAGAGCAGCCCGCGGCGCACGAGGACAUGUUUAAGAGAAUUACGGAACACUACGAUACGCCCGCGCCCCUGCUUGCUGCCCCUUCGGCGAUCGAGAAGCUCGCCGGUGAGACUUUCAACUGGGCGGACGAAACGGACGAGGCUCCCGCUUCUGCUCCUGCGCGAGCUGCGGAGACGGAGACGGAAAAGAAGGCAGACGAGCCUGCUGCAGCUGCGGAACCAUCGGCUAGCCUAGCGGUCGCGCCUGAUACAUUCGCCGAGACCCCCGCUGGUGCAGCACCAGCCGCUGCCAAAUCGGACUCGCCCACCCCGCGGGCGGCAGACGGACAGACCGGUCGUGGAGGUCGAGGUGGAGGUGGGGGACGGGGCCGAGGGGGUCCGGGCGGGCGUGGACGGGGUAACGGUAAUGGCGGGAACCGAGCGAAUGGAUCUUCGCCUACUGGACCUCGGGGCGGUAACGGUAACAGCUCCACCGGGGCGAACGGCGAGACGGGACAAGUUGGACUUCCGAUCCCUACCAAACCGGGAAUGGGGCGUAUGGGCUCUACCAAGGCCGGCGUGGUUAUCGAUGAGGAUGGGUUCGAGAUGAGGGUCAAGCCGUCCGCUAGGGGUCGAGGAGGGGCUGGAGGCGGUGCGGGAGAGGGAGGGCGGGGUAGGGGACGGGGCGGGUUUGGGGGGCAGGGACAGGGGCAGGGCCAGGCUAGGGAAGGAGGGGAGUAUAGAGGUGGAGCUGGAGGACGAGGAAGGGGCGGGAAUGGCGGUAACGGUGGUCGAGGGGGGUUCAGGAAUGGACCGGGCGGGCCGAAGCCGAAUGGGAAUGGAAAUCAGAAAGUGACCGAGUCGGCAGCGUUGGCGGGGGCGGGAGAGGCCGCUGCGGUGGAUGGGCGAUUGCAGUAG